AUGGCGGUAUUAAGAAGAUUUUUCUCGAAUCCGAAUACAAUUUAUGACUGCUGCAAAGUGUUUUGUUUCAUUUUAUUCAGUUUGGGAUGCAGUGGAUUUACGAAACAAGGAGAUCGUUUCCAAUACAAUCGUAAAUCUCUGUUCAUUACAUGGCUAGCCGUGUGUUGGUAUUUGGGCAGCCUCAUGGGCUGCAUGUAUGUCAAACUACGAGAUCCUCAAGUUGAAAAUCUAGAUAGCCUGAUAAAAUCCAUAAUAUACCUGGAGAUAGGCAUGUCCACGUUCAUGUAUCUUACAACUGUCAUCAGCAUGUUGUCGAACAUGGACGCGAACUUGCAACUGUAUGCACGCAUUCAGCACUUGGAUGAAAAACUCUUAAAGGAAUUUCCCUGCAAACUGAAUUACGAGAAAUUAAUGAGGAAGCAUGUCUUGCUCUUGUUCUCUGUAGCCGUCAUUUAUAUGACUGUAAUCGUACUAGCAGUUUCACGAGCAUCACAUGGCCAGGAAUUUGUAGUAAACCUAUUAGCUGGACUAGCUUAUACGGCAGUGACCGGUGGUCCCCACAUGAAUUGUUAUGCCCAAAUGAAUAUGGCCGAGAUAUUAAGCAUUCGUUUCCGUCUUUUGCAAAAAUUGCUGUCCAAGCAUGUUGUGUGUUCUUCGAGAUUAAGUGCACCCCAACAGGUAGAUUGCUUGCGUAGCCUCAUCUCCCUUGUGCAAGAGUAUCAUGUCUGUAUACGUCAUAUAAACAAGGUGUAUGCCGUGUGCUUAGCAUCGACUCUGUUACAUGAUUUUACUUUGACGACAAGCGAGUUUUAUUUAAUAUUUGGUGGCUCCUCAAAGAACACUCACAGGGAGAAUACUUUGAUUUGGUAUGUGGCCGUUUGCAUGAUUCUGCCCCUCUAUAAGAUGACCAUAGCGCCCAUAUAUUGUGACAAAGCAAUUCGUGAGGGUAAAAAAUGCUUUAAAAUUAUUAUGGACACAGAAUGUUGGUUUCCUCACAACACUGAAGUGCGUCAAAUGGUUUCCUCAUGUUUACUGUGGCGCAAAGACAAUACUAUUGAGUUUUUCUGUGGCACUAUGAUUUUCAAUAAACAAAUUAUAGCGGUGGUUUAUUCACAAAUAUUUAACUAUCUUUUAAUUUUAAUACAAUUUCGAAUGACACAAGAAAUGGGCGAUCAAAUUGAGAAGCAAAAAAACACAAUACAGGAGUGGAUUGGUGUGGAUUAUGUUUGA